UGCGCCGAUUACUGUCGAGUUAUGGCAACAGGAUUCGAGUCGAUUCUUGUACGAAGAUAUGGUGGGAUUACAAGACCAACAGGAUGUAUUAGUGAAGGACUUAUCGCCAGUAGCAUCCUGAUCUAUGAUUGACGAAUGGUUGGAAAUACUCAAGACAUACCUAGCAAGCUAAGAGGCUUAAAGAGCAAAAUGGACGCAAACAAACAACGAAAACGGUGCGUCGUCCCCGCUGCGCACUUUAAAGUAUAAACAAAUGCGUCACGCAAACAAAACGUUGUUCGAAAUCACCAUCCCUAGCGUAUAAUUUUAAUCAGCAGCUGUGCUAGCUGUGCGUCAUGUCAAAGUACAAAAUCGGAUCACGAGAACUACUGCGCUCUUGUCUGCCACAAGAUUAGCAUAUUACGCGCUCGAAAGCCAAUCACGGAGCACCACUCGUUAAGAAAGUAACUAUAGUUUUUGAAACUGUUCACAUUAUUGAUUGUACAUUGUCUUUGACGGAAAUGUCGAUAAACAUGAAAGCGAUUCGAUCGAAAAUCAAACACAAAUUGUUCUUGGACUCUGAAGUGUCGUGGUCAACAUAUCUUUUGGUUGUCUUGUUCGGUAUAGGCUCAUGGGUUGCUGUGAACGGUAUUUGGGUAGAACUGCCAGUUCUUGUCCAACACGCACCAGAAGGUUGGAAGUUGCCGUCGAUUUUCGCAGUCGUCAUUCAAAUCGCAAAUAUUGGACCUUUAUUACACACGGUUUUCAACGCAUUUUGGCCGGGGAAAGUUCGCGAUACAUGGAUAAUUUACAUCAUUCUUUCAAUCGGAAUUGCUUCGUGCGGAUUACUUGGGUUUUUAUGGAAAGAAACCGGUGUUGUGUUAGGCAGAGAACACAGCGUUGCUUUGAUAACGCUUGUGUUCUUCUUGGCCUUUGUGGAUUGUACGUCCAGCGUGACAUUUCUACCAUUCAUGGCUGUGUUUAAAAAGGAAUAUAUGUCCGCUUUGUUUGUUGGGGCUGGUCUAAGCGCUUUGCUACCCAGUUUACUUGCUGUUGCACAAGAUACUCCAAGUGGUGGCGAUCCAUGUGCGAAUUAUAACCAGAGCAACACCACAUGGAGCGCUUCGGAAGACUUGAAUUUUGGCACAAAUGUUUUCUUUUUCGGUUUGAUGUUAAUGAUGGUCGUUUCCCUUUUGGCUUUCUUCUGUCUCAACACGUUGCCUUCGGUGAAACGAGAGAGAAUAGACGACGAUAAUAACAGGGAUGAAACUAAAAUUCCGCGCGAGGCUUUAGCCGUCGACUCCAGUCAAGAAUUCCAUCUGGAAAGCAAUAACGAAAACGAAGAAUCCGUAAGCGAUGGCGAGACACAAACACAAUGCACUGAUAUAAAGAAACCCAAACAAGUUGCAUUCUUGUUGCUGAUUCAAGUAUGGAUUAAUGCAUUAAGCAAUGGUGUCAUCCCUUCAAUUCAACCGUUUGCCUGUAUACCUUAUGGCAACAAUGUCUAUUAUUAUACGCUUAUUUUAUCCAAUGUUGCCAACCCUUGCUCAAGUCUACUGUUUCAUUGGGUUCCGACAACUAAAGUUCUGUUCACUGGAUUACUAAGUAUGGUGUACAGCAGUUUUGUAGCUUAUAUUGUGUGCAUCGCAUCUCUCAGUUCUGAUCCACCAUUGACAGAGAACAAUAUUGGUGCAAUUAUCAUUGUCACAAUGAAUGUGUUAAGCGUUGCCAUAGUCACCUACACUAAAGUUGCAAUUUCAACUUGGAUGCAGAAAGAAGGAAAACGUCAUCUGCGAUGGGCAGGAAUUUCCAUGCAGUCUGGCUCGUUCUUUGGAGCUGUGAUCAUAUUUUUAUUUGUUAAUGUGUUUGAAAGCUUCUCGAGAUGUUAACAAGAAGGAUUCCUCUACAAAUGUGACAUCAAUGGACUAUAAAUGUCCGUAUGUUCCACACAAUCUCUUUAAUUGACUUCCAUACCCAAAAUUUUUUAACAAAGAUGAAGAUAUAAGGAAAUAAACUAAAGGAGCAAAUUAUUUUACUUAGAGUUGUAUUGCUAUAAAAUAUCUAUCAUAACAGAUGAAAGGAAAUAUUUAUACAGAUUAAUCAUGAGAGGUGAUAACAUUUGUCAAAGAAAGCAAUCAGAUUGUGCUCUCCACCUGAAGAUUUAUAAAGAUAAAAUAUUAGAACUUAAAUAUAUCAUUAUGUAAAAGACUA